AUGCACGAGACAGCCUCAGUGCCAAUAGGUCAAAUCGCUGCCAUGGAUCCCGAACAACAGGACGCACCAUUCCUCGCUCAUACACAGGAAUACCUGUCCUCUGUCAAGGUCUUUCCCCUUAUCUAUCAUUUGAAGAAAGACGUCACUAAAGACAUAGAUAGCGCUCUGAGCUGGGAGCAGCUGACCGCAUCUGAUAUCAACUUUGCGAUCGUUCGUCCUCUCGUCUUCAAGUACGCCCGUUUGAAAAACCCUGCUAUUGUCUACGCAUGUCUGGUAGUGCGUUCCCACUUCCUUUCGGCUGCCGAAGAUGACCUGGCAUAUUCCGGCGUGAGCCUUUCGCGGGCUAGUCUCUGUGAGAUCUUGGCCAUGAAGCUGGUCAGCCACUUCGCAAGCAACCGGUUGCAGCUGGUUUCCGUGUUGACCACAGGUUGGAGCCCGCUAGCGGGCGCGCCGAACGAUGUUGUCAGCGAGGUCCAAAUCUUGCUAGGUGAGGCCGAGGAUAUCGACGAUCCUCAAUCCGCUCUUGAAAUGGCUAUAGCGACGCGCGCCAAGGCGUUCGUGUCUUCGCCCAUCGUUCAGACCGUAGUCAACGACAUUUACGCAGGUCAUGUGGUAUAUUCCGUAGCUGCAAAUAGGUCCAUCGUAGCAGACAACUACAAACAACGUGCGAUCGAAAUUUACGACAGUCGGAAUGCUUCUUGGCUCAAUCACUAUCGUCUGCGCGUCCCGAAAUAUGGUGCUAUCCUCGAAUUUCUCAACUUCGCGCUACUUUUCGUUACCUUCGUUCUGUGCCUCUCACAUCAAGGCGUGGAUACUUUGCAUCCUUUUGAGAUCGUUUUUGUGUUGUUCGCAGCCGCAUUCACGUUGGAAGAAUAUACUGCCUCGAAGGAGCAUGGUUGGGAAAUCUACAUCGCCAAUAUGUGGAAUGUUUUUGACACAUCCUUCGUACUUAUAUUUUUGCUUUUUGUCGUCAUGAGAAUUCGGGGCUUGGUGUUUGAUAAUCAAUCUUCGUCCGAGCUGGGGUUCGAUAUCCUGGCUUGUGGUGCAUGCAUCCUUUUCCCUCGGCUAGCUUUUUUCCUAGUAUCGAACAAUGUCGUUGUUCUCGCUCUCCGCGGUAUGAUUGCAGAGUUUAUCUUCUUCAUGGGCAUUGCCGCGAUCUGCUUCUCCGGCUUGCUCUUUACACUCUGGACGCUCUCACCACCAGACAGUCACUGGACUGUCAAGUCUAUCGCGUGGCUCAUGGUGCAGAUCUGGUUUGGCAACACAUAUCUAUCGUUUGGUCAAGCGGCGUCGUUCCAUCCAUUCUUUGGUCCAAUUUUGAUGACAGGCUUUGCGGCAUUGAGUAACACAUUGCUUCUGACCAUCUUGAUCUCCAUCUUGUCGAAUACCUUUGCGAGGAUUGACGCUAAUGCCAAUCAGGAGUAUUUGUUUCAAUUCACGAUCACGACGCUUGAAGGUGUAAAAUCCGACGCCCUUUUCAGCUACCAGCCCCCAUUCAACCUACUAGCUUUUGUCAUUCUUUGGCCGGCGAGUUUCUUUUUGUCACCGCGGUCUCUGCAUUCUGCCAAUGUAUUCUUGACCCGCUUGACCUCUUUUCCUAUAUUGAUCGUAAUCGCGCUCUAUGAGCGAUAUCUCUACGCACCCCACUCUUCUGUGUUGGAAACUACCCAAGCAGCGGCUCAAUCAAUGUACAAUUCCCUUCCUAGGGUAUUCAAGGCCAUACCGAUCCUUGAAGCCAUCAUGAGGACCAAUGCGGAUGAUAUUUAUGAAGCCAUCUUCGAUGUACACAUGGAUCUUGCCGAGGAAGACGUUGGUCUAUUCUCUGAUCAAGAAGAUGACCAUGACGGCUUGCGCAGUUGGACAAGCAGGGAGAACGGCGCGAAGGGCACACAUACACCUCCAACGUCAGGGGGAGGCACGAUCCCUACAAUUCAUACGCCGGACCAUGCAGGGGCUGGGAGAGGUCGUCGUCCUGCGAGUCUCCCACGGCCGGGAGCACAGUCGCCUCAGGGCUCUCCUCGCGCGCGCAAGCGAAGCUUGCAGCCCAGACCUUCGCUGUCCGGGCCGCUGCGUUCUGGCGCAGCCGAGGUGCCUACCCUAGGCCCUCGAAGCCCGCUCUCACGCCUAUUCGGGAGACGUGCAGGGGAGUCUGAUUUCGCCGCUGCAGGUGGAGUGGAUAAGCUCGAUAAGGUUGAAGAGGGCGUCAAAAGGGUACAGGAGCUGUUGGAAGAUGCGCGAGGGUUGCCGGUGGCUCAGUUGAAGCAAGAGAUGAAGGAAUUGCAGGAGCGGCAGGCAAGAAUUGAAGGACUGUUGAUGAUGCUGACACGCGGGAUGAGGAAUGAGAGAGGAUUGGAUAAUAUCCACGACACCGUCCGCGAAGACAUUGCUGCAUUGAACCCUAUCAAUCUUUCUCGCACCCCUAGUACUUCCGGUCAAAGCAUCAACGGGAAAGGCAACGGUGCAGCUUCUCUGAAAUCCCUGAAGUCCAAGCUUUCUCUUCCGGAGAUAACGCAUACACCUGACAUCGUCACUCCCGUCACUUCAGUCGUGCCAACUCCCGCCAUCCCGACGCCUGACAUCACUAGUCAACCUGAACGCUUCAGCAAGCUCCCUCGAGAACUUCAGCUCCCAAAACUUGCUGCCAUGCAAGGACAGGACUCGGCGAAUCUCCAUGCACCCUCAACUCCUCCCUACGGGUUUCCCCCCAACCUCAGAAUGCCCGAAAUACCUCUUCCAGAUCCGCGUAUUCUUUUUGAGCACGACAAGCCCAAGGAAACUAGAGUCUCCAAUUUUGCCGAUCAAUUCAAGGAAUUUUUCGACCGCAUUCGAUGGCUCCUCUUCCUUCCCUUAAGCUGGUUCUUCACGUUUUCUCAUGCGGCGGUUUCUAUUGCCAUCCAGAUUUGGACCUUCCCUGCGUGGCUCGCAAUUGACAUCUACGAGCGGAAACUCCGUACCCAAUUUCUUUGGUUGCCCUCGGUGUGGGGGUCCUUGUAUGCCUUGUUCCCCAACGGGAUCUAUUUCCCCAAACUUCCUCUUCCUGACCUUUUUGGCAACGCUUUGUUUGGACGGCCAGAUGGUAACAUUCCGAGCAUGGAAAUCGACUUGGCUUCGAUUAGGAGUGGCGGCAAUGUGUUUACUUCGGCUGCUAGUGCGUUGAAUGGAAACGCUGCCGGCGCCGGACAUAUGCAGGAGCAAAUGAAGCAACUGGAGAGUGUCCUGCAAGGCGUCAAGGAAAUGCCUGUUCAAGGGCUCCAUGGAGGUAUCAAGGAACUUCAGGCGAGUUUUGUGUCGUUUGGAAUGCCAUUCAUCUGUUGA